ACUUUUUUUGUCAAAAGCACUAAUAUAUCUCCUUAUUCAAAACCAUGAUACAUACAUUUAUCUGACUUUCAUUAUUCAUUAUCAGAAAGCUUCCUAUUGCCAGUGAUGGCCACCCCCCAGAACCACAAUGUGCUAGACGGGGCAAUAGUCAGUCCAAUAGUGAGGUGUGCACACACAGGGACAAGUCAGUAUCACUGACUUAUGCACUCAUGGUGUAUUUCUAAUAUUAAGUUGCAUUUGUUUUAAUUUUGUACUUCAGUCAGCUUUGUGGUUAUAUGAUGAGGUUUGCACUGUAUUGGAAGGCUGUAAAAAGACUGCACUUUUACAGUUAUAUUCAGGAACUCUCUCCCCCUGCCCCCCAAAAUAAAUAUAAUUCAGGUUUAUCUGCAAACCAAACACUAUGUUGUUAAAUGUCAGGAGGUCAAGGUCAGGAAUUAACAUAAAAUAUAAUGUCACCUCCUAGACUUAUUCUAGAUGGCCUUGGCGCAGUGAAUUUACAGUUCUUUAUUCAGCCUGUUUCUCAGGAGUCCUCUUGGAUGUAGAAAGGUAUUAUAAAGAUUAAGAAUAUUGCAGCGCGCUUUUGCAAUUUGGCAAGAAUUUAAACGUGACGCGCAAAUCAUACGUGUGGGAAAGGUGCGUAAGGGUCUAUUUAAAAGCGGUAGGUCAUCAUCCAUCACGGCCUGUGGAAGACUUUUUCAAUUUAGUGCGUGAUGAAGACCUGCCCAAGGUGCCAUCGUAAUAAAGAAAUGUAUGGAACUACCAGCGAUGAAUUAGGUACAUGCUCACUAUUCGCCUUGUGAAAUUAGGUAUUCGCACGAGUAACAUUGAACUACUUUAGAACUACAUUUUCCCGGCACUGAGCAAACCAGGGUGUAAACAAACAACUUUAAAAUGGAAUCCUCCGGAAAGUUGGCACCCAGGACCUCCCACUGUCGUCUCCGAUUGGCUAAAAAUGACCUGCUCGUACUCUGACGUAUACCGAUUCCGGGCGAUCUGAUUGGCCCCAGGGAGUGCCACUCAUGCUUGCCCCCCCCCCCCUCCCACGCCCUCCUAUGUUGCAGCAUGGAGGAUCGAAUGUAACAAAAUCCAGGUACUGUAGCAAACCGAGCGGCGAUCCGCAAACUUUUCUGUAAAAAAAAACAAGGGACAUCGCUUUGUGAAGACCACAGCGCAAGUGAUGCACAAUGCCAAUAGUGGACAAGCUCAAAGAGGCCCUGAAACCGGGGCGCAAGGACUCUGCUGAUGAUAGUGACCUCAACAAGCUGCUGGCCUCCUCCGCCAAGAAGGUGCUGCUGCAGAAGAUUGAGUUCGAGCCGGCCAGCAAGGGCUUCUCCUACCAGCUGGAGGCGCUCAAGACCAAGUAUGUCAUCCUCAACCCCAAGGCAGAGGGAGCUGUGGGACAGAGGGCGGCGGACCCCCUACCGAUGAAGAAGCAGGUCUCGGAGGGUGUUAGCGGGGGACAGAGUGACGGGAUCCCUGCCCCCCAGAAGAUGCUGUUCCCGGGGAACAGGCUGUCCAUGAAGUGGGAGCGAAUUUACAGAGUAGGAGCCGGUCUCCACAACCUGGGCAACACCUGCUUCCUGAACUCCACGGUGCAGUGCCUGACCUACACCCCUCCCCUCGCCAACUACCUUCUGUCCAAGGAGCACAGCAGGGCUUGUCACCAGUCGGGAUUCUGCAUGAUGUGCGUGAUGCAGAACCACAUAAUACAGGCGUUUGCCAACACUGGCAAUGCCAUCAAACCGGUCUCCUUCAUCAGGGACUUGAAAAAAAUUGCCAGGCAUUUCCGAUUCGGGAGUCAGGAGGACGCCCACGAGUUUUUGCGCUACACCAUCGAUGCCAUGCAGAAGGCCUGCCUCAGUGGCUACACCAAACUUGACAGGCAAACACAGGCCACCACCUUGGUCCAUCAGAUCUUUGGCGGUUAUCUCAGGUCUCGAGUCAAAUGUUCCGUCUGUAAAAGUGUGUCGGAUACCUAUGAUCCUUAUCUGGACAUAGCCGUUGAAAUCCGGCAAGCUGCAAACAUCGUCCGAGCUCUCGAGCUGUUUGUGAAGCCCGACGUUUUGAGUGGAGAGAACGCUUACAUGUGUGCAAAGUGUAAGAAGAAAGUGCCGGCCACCAAGCGCUUUACAGUCCACCGACCAUCCAACGUCCUGACCUUGUCUCUCAAGAGGUUUGCCAACUUCAGUGGAGGGAAGAUCACCAAGGAUGUGGGUUACCCAGAGUUCCUAAACAUCCGCCCCUACAUGUCCCAGAGUUCGGGGGACCCAGUUAUGUACGGGCUGUACGCCGUGCUGGUGCAUUCAGGGUACAGCUGCCAUGCUGGGCACUAUUACUGCUAUGUUAAGGCCAGCAAUGGCCAGUGGUACCAGAUGAACGAUUCCAUGGUGCAUUCCAGUAACAUCAAAGUGGUUCUCAACCAACAAGCCUAUGUGCUGUUUUACCUGAGAAUUCCAGAAACCAGGAAGAACCUGGAUGGUCCAAUCUCUAAACAGGGUGUCGUACCGUCUGGAAGGAACAGUGUGACUCCAGAGCAGUUAAAGAAAGCCUCUCUGAAUGGACCUCUGUCCUCUCCACAGGUGGGAAAGAAGCUGGAGUCCUCCCAGGUGCGCAAGGUCCAGGCUGCAGAUGGAGUGGGGGUCCCCGUCCCCCGCAACGGGAGUGCCUGCCAGUCCCCGAAGCUUGCGAACGGCUCCCCUCUUCUGCCUGCUGCCUCCAGGGCCCCCGCUGGCCCCACUGUGAUCGAGGAGCCCCUGAAGAAGGUGAAGAAGCCAUCACCGCAGCUGCAGGCUCGCAGUGGCCCCAGCGGGGCCCCCAACGGCUUUGGCGGGGCCCCCAAACCAGAGAGCGACAGGAGGCACGCGGCGGAGAGCAGGGGCCUGUCUGCAUCUACCUCAAUGAAGUCCCUGACUGACUCUUCUCCCGACACCUCGGAGGCGAAGGACGGGGAGCCGAGCGGGCUGCCGGCGCCGCCGAAGGAUGCGAGCAGCCCGAGGGGCCUCCCCAAGGGCGAGCCCCCCGCGAGGAGCGGCCUCAGCGGCGGCAUGGCGUCGCCUAGGCGGGGGCCCGAAGCCCCGAGCCCCGGAGGCCCGGAGGAGAGGAGCGUGAAGUUCAAGCCCCAGGCCCUGACCAACGUCGCCUCCGAGCCGGCCAGCACCAUAUCGCCUCCCCCUGCCAAGAAACUGGCUCUUUCUGCCAAGAAGGCCAGGUCCAGCCAGAGUCCGAGCGGCAGUGAGGCCUCAUUCUCUCCACGCCAUCUGCCCAGCGAUUCCACGCAUCCAACCACAUCCCGCCACUUCUCCUCGCCCACCGCUGCCCACAGACACAGGGCUGACUCAUUCCAUUCUCCCAAAUUGCAAGCUCUGCCCAAGCCAUGGUCAGACUCCCUGUGUAGUAAAGAUGGCCACAGGAAGUCAGCCAUCGCCUCCCCCUUCGAUUCGGUUGGCAUGCAGCUGCCUUGCGGUUCCCCUUCUCAAACCAAUGGCUUUCUUCCCAAAAGCCCGGAGAAGGGCAGCUCCCAGUCCAGCCCGGUGGACACCACCGAGCCCUCGUACGUCCCUGGCCCCGCGAAAAAGCCGAAAAAACACAAGCGCCGCUGUCCCGGGGGAGACGACCGGCCCCCUUCUGUAGCGCAGAAUGGCCACAAGGAGGGCGCGGAGGAGGCCCCGAAAAAGAAGAAGAAGAGGAGGAAGAGGAGAGCGGAGGAUGAAGAGCAGGGCGUAGCGGGCCCUGCGAGGGAGAGCGUGCUGUCCCACCUGGAGUCGCCUCGGGACCCCCCCCGGGGUCCGGGCUCUCCUCCCAGGCUCCCGGCUCCUCCGGAGAGCUGGACCGCAUCUGCGGAGCCACCAACCCUCCGGCCCCCCGGCGAAGAAGCGGCCCCGGGGGACAAGAAGAAGAAAAAGAGACGAAAGGAGAAAAGCAAGGAAGGGACGUCCGGAAAAGAGAGCCUUUCCAAGUCUGUUUGCGACAGCUCAGGGAUCAGAGAAGCAGCGGUGGGGACCGACGCCGAUGAUUUGGACAAGCUGAAAAAGAAGAGGGAGAAACUCAAGGAGAAAGCAGAACGGAGAAAAAGGAAGAGGAGUGCGAGUGAUGAGGAAGGCCGCAGCUCCGAUCCCCUCCCAGAGGAGAGUACAGUAAACGGGGGAAGAGCUGGCAAGACCAAACCAGUGGUCGUCUGGGAUGGCCAGGUACGCGACGGUUAUAAACGUACCCCAGAGCUCCCAGCGGCGCAGUCCUCCUCGGCCUGGGACGGGAGGAGGAGCUGCAGCGUGGUGACCGAGCUCCUCCGGCACUCUGAGGACCGGGCGUACGGAGCUGAAGUCUUGACCUGGGAUGGGGAGGUCUCUGCUCUCAGCAGAGAGGCCAUUGAGGACGCCCACAUUGCCAGAAACGACACUGUGAUUGAUGAAUGGGAUGAAGACUUUGACAGUGGGAAGGUUAAGAAAGUAAAAAAGUAUAGGAAGGAGAAGAGGAGGAACUUCAAUGUCUUCCAGAAAGUCCAGAACCGUCGUAAUCUAUGGUCGGUCACCCACGGAGGGAGGAUGACCAGUCUGGGUCACCGGUUCUAACCAGCAAGACUGGACGAGAAAGGGUGUCUUUUCGAGAUCAAGGAGGGAUCUGUCCAAACUUCUGCGCGAGGAGGCUGCAGGUCUGUCCCUCAGUCUUCUUGUCGCGAAGGCUGGUUGUUGUCGGGAGGAGAGGAAGGUGGCAGGACAAGACAGGAGGACUCUGCUGAGCUGACGUUUCUUCUGGGAGCCACAGACAGCUGGACAGCCACCAUCAUGACAACCAUGAACUGGCUAAGGCCUCCUUUGGGUGAGGAGAGCAGCUCGAAUUGGACUUGGGAAGAAAAAGAACGAGUGUACCUGGGAAUUCUGGAACAAAAGCUCGUAAAUUGUAUGAAAGGGGCAAACAUAUUACCGCGGUAAAAAACAACCCGAAUGCAGUCCGUAAAUGAAGUCGUAAAAUGGAUGGUGGCUUCCCCACCUUGCUUAAAUCUUGAUGAACCAGAUGCAUUCAGAAAUGUGUACAGUGUGAGGCCAGAAGAUGUCGAGCUGGUGCUCAUGAGGUGUGGAAUCACGGCUCCUUGCACCUAGCAAUGCACGUUAAUGCAAGAUCCAUUCAGGAAAAACUACUGAUCGGUACUGUGAACCGCGGGGGGCUGUGUUAAAGAAUGCACUGUCUUUGGUGCAAGUGUUAAGUGUACGGGAAGAGGGGAAAAAGGGAAAGUUCAAGCUGAGACGCAAGGUUUACUCCUGCCGAAGGGUUUUGCACAUGCUUUGUGCAGCCUGCUCCAGGGAGAGAUCUUACACUUGAAGUCACCGCUAAAUCAGGAGCAAACUAGUCCCCACAGCAGUCUGUAAAAUAGCUGGAAAAAUUUAGUAGUGCAGUUUCCUAAAUUCAGUGUUUAUAAGUAUUAAAUAUGACAUUUAUAUCAGAAUAAUUUAAAAUGAUUUUUUAAAUUUCAAUUCCGUCACACAAUUAGCAAAACUGAAUGAACACAGUGCUGAGGCCUGUUGUGUGUCAAUCAAAGACAAACAAUGUCAGAGAAUUUAAAUGAAAUUGAAACCAUCUCAGGGUUCAAAUUCACUGAAUUUGGAAACAGAGAUGCGGGAGAAUUUGGAUUGUCCUCUGUACAGGUCUGAGCAAUCGUGACAUUUGCCACAAAUACUGACUGUAGUCUGGAGACCAUAAAGCAGAACAAAAAAGGUUUCCUCCUACUACAUUAUAUUUAAGAACAAUCUGCUUAGCUGUAAAGACCAGCUAAGCAGCUUGCAGGGGCAGUUGUGGUUAUUUAGCAUAUUUCCAUUAAGAGAACACAUAUCAAAUCCUUAUGCCCAUAUAUCGAGUAGGGUUUUCAGCCUGUAUUCACACAUUUUGACCACCGUUGACCACAGGUUCAUUGCUGUGUCCGUUAAGGCAUGAAGGCGUUUGCUCUCGCUUGUGACCGAUUAGUUCUUGAUUUGGAGCCAUGUGCUCCAGGCUGGUGCGGAACUGAGACUAGAUAGGAAAUUCUGCAUUGUUCCCAUCACAGCACCCAUAACAGAGCACCAAGUUAAUCGACAUUUAUCAGAGAAACCUGCUCAUACCCGUGGACGGUUUUAGGCUGUAAUGAAAUCAGUUUAUCGGGGUUAAGCAUUAUUCUGGGUUGCAAAGAGACUGAAUUUAUUGGGGUUUCCUUGAUUGUAAUAAGAACUCAAGACCGGUGACAAACCACAGGAGGCCUUUCAGCCCAUCUAACCUGCAUAAUAAAGAAAAAACAAGUAGAAACUGCCUGGGAGGGAGAAGUGAGGUCUGCAAGUUGGAAAUGUUUUACCAGGAAAAAAACAAGGAAUUUUAUUCACCUCUGAUAAUUCUCACCCCUGCUGCUGUCUAGGCCAAUCGCAGGAGACUGGGACACACGCUCAUUUAGUUUUGAAAGCCUUGUUUAUGCUGGCGGCCCGGCUGUGGUGAUGAGCUCAGUCUCACUGAUGUAGUUGUAGUGAUUCGGGACAUGUGCUUUAUUGGGGGGGAAAAAACUCCUAUUGCGUUUCAACUUCAUCAGCUUCACAGUUAAGGGUUGCCGUAAUGAGGCACAUCAUUGGGAGUUCUGGAAAAUUGCAGUCCAUUAACAUUUACCUAAGAAACAGAAAAACUGCACAUACUACAUAGUGCCAGUUUCAGAACGUCCCCUGCAAAAUAAUUUGAGUUUUCAGUUGUUUUCUAACAUGAAGGCAUUUUUUUAAUCAAAAAAAGAUAUUUGGGUAUCUUUUGUGUGUAACAAAGUUGUCUUAUAUCUAGUUCCGAACUGUAAAGAUUUUUUUGUUCCGUUAAGCAUGUUUUUGUUUUAUAUUCUAAAAAAACGUCAAAAACAUAUCACAAGAUCUCUUUCAGCAUUUGUUUACAUUUUGUUUUGUAGAUUUAGACAGAGAAAAAAAUACAUGAAUGAGGAAAGGAAAUAGUGUGCAUUUCCAGCUACACCAAAACCUCACUCUGCCAGUGUAAGAUAGAUAUAUUUGAACUAAACAGGAACAGGAUAUGGUAGUUUAUCUACUGUGAAUGUUUAACACAGGAAGUUAGUGCUUUCUGCUAGUAUUCGAAAAGUUAAUCUCCAAAAAAUAAGAUAAAAGGAUCAGUUUAGGUCUUAUGUUAACUGUGUAAAUUACCCUUUUCUUGUAUAAGUUCAGAAUCUGUUUCACAUUAAAAUGUAAACCAGUUUAGUUGUAGGUUUUGAUAGCAUUUUUAAACUGCUAAAUAGGUUUCCAGUCUUAUUACAGAGUAGUACAGUUUAACCAGUUGACACUUGACCAGUUGGAUUUGAAACAUCUUCUACAACCAUUCUUAUACAAAUGUAUUGUCGUUUUUUUUUUCUUCAUAGUUAUUUUGAUUGUACAAUACAUCAGGAUGUGUAAGUGAAGUUAAGUUUUAUCACUCCUGAAGUGUACUAAAUUAGUACUAAAGUUUUGAAUCCACUCAGGUCUUUUUGACUCAGAUUUAUUUUUUUAACAUACAGUAAAUUAUAUCUUCACAUAUGCAAACUAAACCAUGCUAACAGUUCCUUUGGUUAAAUAUCUGUAAAAUAAAAAGUGAAGGAAAUCUGUAAAUGACAUUAAUUCACUGCUUUUAUGAAGAGGCCACAGUGUGUACAGUCAGUUUUGUGAUGGUAUUUUUGGAGAGACUUUUUUGUUGUUCGUUGAACUGUUUGACAAUAUCAGCAUACUGUUUUACCGAAUGCAGGUGGUGUAUGUUGGCAUAACUAAUGCUUUCGGACUGUGGCUUUUUUCAUUUCUGUAACUUUUAAAAUAUUUCAUAACAUUUUCAUCUGAAUCUACCUCCGUCAUCCAUCUCAGCUACUCGAUCCUCAGUCCUCGUGUCAGCUCACAAACCUAUAUAUCCUUCAUACUUUCACUGACUUUUCUCACAGAAGUUCACAGUAAUUCAUUCUAGGUAAGCGUUACAAAUUUGAGAACUUAAAUCAACUAGCAAAAACAUUAAGGAAAACCCUUCCUUUUAUUUGGGGUAAUUGAUAUGACCCCUUGUCAGUCUGGUCCUUUCUUAUUACCUGUCUAGGCCCUGCUUCAUCAUACUGAGCAGAAUUUCCUUUGAAUGUUUAAUGCAUAACUGCACUCAUUGAUCCUUGGAACACCUUUGAUUGACUCCCCAUCAAGUAACAAAGUUUUGAAAAGGGGAGGCUAACACGUUCCAAGUAUUUCUAACCUGCAUUUUCACAUGAAGAUGUGGCUUUUCGUCACGUGCCGUUAGAUAGUGAUGCAUAACAGGUUUUUUUUUUUACUAAUUAUUUCUUCAUCGGUUUCAAAAAGCCGGCUGUUGCAACUCCAGCUGUGUUGUAGAUCCUCCCCAGGAGAGUCGGUGUCCAUUCUGUUUGGCGGAAACGGUGAAAGAGUAGGGUGUAAAUUGGUGCCUAUCUGUCUCUCGUGCACCCAUCAUUGCGAAAAUAAUUCCCAUCUAGCGGUGGCUUCCUCAUUCUGGGAUUUAUCACCCUGUGUCCCUUCAGCCCUUUAGAAAGUGAUACUUUUUUCCCCCCCAGACCACAACUCCCGAUCCUUUAGAACGAGACUUUAUUGUUCUGCCUGCCUUCCUGUGCGCAAACGUCUCAUCCGUAACUAGUGCCUGCGUAACAAACUUUCAGCCUCCAGGUUUCUUAUUGUUGGACCUGACCACGAGCCCUCCUCUGCCUCCCAGUCUGAGCUAGGUGUGCUGGAGUGUAGGGCCAGAAGAACUACUGUCCCAGCCCUGGUUUGGUGCUACACAGCUUUUAACAUUUUGGCAUGCAUUGCGUUCAUCACCCUUUCCAAGGAGCUAGUAUAUUUCUAAUUAUAUAUCAAUGCCCCUGUCUCUACUUUCUAUGCAAUUCUGGACUUUGACAUUCGAACUGGUCACUCUUUCGUUAGCGGGAUGCCUCAGGAACAAAAACGGUUGUCACUGCAGAUGACGAUGUCAUUUUAUUUCUUGCGUUCUGUGUGGUACUUGUACAAUGGAAUGGCUGGGGUCAUACACUGUGCCAUUUUUGCAUAACACAUCCUUCCUUAGUGUUUUUAAAUUCCUAUAACUUAUAUUGUAAGGAAUAUAUAGUAUGUAUUAUAAAAUCAUUGGGGUCUUCCACUUGUCUGGGCACAGAUAUAUUACAUUUAUAUUGAAAGUAAUAAUAAAAUGCUUUGCCAAUGUAGAGUUUGUACAGUACACCAUGUGCUUCCGGUGUAUCCAGUAAUAUUUAGUGUAUAACUUCCCAAACAAGUUUUAUUUUGGAAAGGUUGCCUCAGGCUGGCUUUACGAAUAAAAAUAAAACACCGAAAAAACGAUGGUGUAGUUACAGGUUAUUGGACUGUGAGUUAAACUUUAGAAUUUAUCAACAGUAAAGUUUGUGAAAAAUGCAAUGUGUUUCAUAUGAUCCCUUAAAACUGUUAACUGUAGAGUUUACAGUAAAUGACAGGUGUAAAAGGCAUAUUGCUAUAGAAGUACUGUGUUAUAUAGAGUGUAUGAAUGUUUAAUGUGGAAUUAUCCUGAGAUUAGACAUAUUUUAAUAUCAAUACAAUUGACACUUUUUUAAACAGAUUCUGGUCUAAGAGAGAUCUGUAUCAUAUUUGCAUUUCUAGUUCUGAUUUUUGCACCGUUAUUUUCUGACCAAGGAGUGACCUUUAUUAUUUCCAACUGGAACUCUUAAUAUAUAUAUAUAAACAGGUGCAAUAAAGUUGUCAAUUUUGUGA